CGGCGAGCCGUGCGGGCAGGCAGGGCCGGGCAGGGCCGGCAGCGGGAGCGGAGCGCAGCGCUGCCCGCAGCGGGGACCCGCCGCGCCGCCGCCUCCUCCCGAAGGUCCGGAAACCGCUCCCGCAGCCAUGGCGCUGGUGAAGAGCGGCUGGCUUUGGCGGCAGAGCUCCAUCCUGCGCCGCUGGAAGAGAAACUGGUUCGUCCUCUACCUGGACGGCAGCUUGGUUUACUACCACGACGAGACGCAGCGCGACAUGGAGGGCCGGAUCCACGUCAAAUACAGCUGCCGGGACGUGAGGACCGGCCGCGAGUGCGGAGACGUGCAGCCGCCCGAGGGGAAGAGCCGCGACUGCCUGCUGACCGUCGUGCUGCGGGACGGCUCCAAGACGACGCUGUGCGCCGAGAGCGAGGACGACGCCGUUGCUUGGAAGAUGGCCGUGCUGGAGGCUAAAUCCACCCCGGUGCACGUCUACGACCCCUACGACGACGACUACUACCAGACGGUGCCCCUCGACUCCCACCAGGCCGCCUACAUCAGCUCCGGCCACUACGGCCACCAGUACGGAGCUCCCGGGGUGACCCACGUCAUCGUGCGGGAGGAUCCCUACCGCGUCUCUGGGGACCAGAUGGCUUUGGGGCUGCUGGCGGGCGCUGCCACGGGUGCUGCCCUGGGCUCCUUCAUGUGGAUGCCGUGCUGGUUUUAGCAGCCCCGUGCUCUCCUCCUGGGGGAUGCGGCCCCCCCAAGCUGGGUCGCAGCCCCCUGACACGGCCCCCUUUGCCUCCCCAGCCUCGUUUAACUCAUCCCUGGCUUUGUACACGCCUUGAGCCACCCUCGGCCUCCCAAAAACAGCCUGCUUGGCACCCUUCACCCUAGGGACAGAGGUCCAGCCCCAACCCCAUCCCACAUCCUCCUCCCAGCUCCAGCUUUUGCACUGAAUAACCCCCACGUGCUUCAGAGACACCCAAAACCCACCCCAAAACCCCACAGCGUCCGAUUCCCAUCCAGAAAGGGCCUGGGGAGCUGCUGGGGCUGUCAGCAGAGGGGAGGGCGCAAUGGCCCAGCCCCAAAACCCAGCUCAAUUCCUCGCCCCAAAUCUCUGCAGGGAAGCGGCUGCAGAAAUACCUGGGUUUUUGGACUGAGGGGGAGAGCAGGUGCUGCUCUAAAGAGCUGUUCUGGGGAGACGGCUGAGGUUUUCUCACAGCCCUGGCUUUGAAGGCCACAGCACAGCCACUUUGUAAGGGCUUUUUUGGGAUGGGGCUCCAGCAUCAGAGCAAAUGCCGACAGAGAAGCAAACCCCAGAGAUGCUCGAGAGGCAAGUUACGUUGAAGAUUAAGGGGGCUGAAAAAACUCUGCAGAAAUUCCACCCCCUCCCAGCCUCACACUGGUCCCCUGGGCCUGGGCCAGCUGGAGAAACAGUGUGAAACCCCCUGGGAAUUAGGGCUAAACACCUGGGAAUUGGGGCUCGGAAGAGCCCUGGGAAUAUCAACAGCUUCCCCAGCCAAGCGGCAGGGGGAGGGAGGGACAGGCAGCACCUUGAGUUUCACCCUGAUUUUUUGGGGGGAAAGGGGAGGAAUCAGCUGGGGACAAGGGCAGCUCUCCCUGGGGAGCGGGGAUCCUUUCUGGCAGCCAAGCUGGCAUCUUCGAAGCAGGGAUUCGGGUUUGGGGCGGUCGGUCACUUUGGGUGGCCCCGAGGCCAGGUGACAAGGGGCAGCUCACCUUUUUGGGCAGCACAAGGCAGGCGUUGAGGGAAGGGGGAGAGGCACAGCUGCCGAGCGUCGCCCUUAGAGGCACGAUUUUAUCCUGGAGAAACCAUCAAUAUUAAACAAAUUCAGGAAUUACAAAUAAAAAAACACAGCUAGAUUAAAAAAAAAACAAACCACCAAACCCCAGUGACACCAGCGCCCCAGCCCGCUCUUGCCAUUAAAGCCCCGGUCAGUUCAUCCCUGUGCCCGAUGGGGGAUCGGGAUGACCUAAAACACCAUCCUCAUCCUCCCCCAGCCUCCCUUGCAUCCCUGCUGCUGCAAACCCGCUCCCGUCAACCGCAUCGAUUUUUGGAGAGGAAAAAAAAAAGUAAAGAAAAAGAAAAAGCUAUCCGCAGUCUAAUAAAGGCAGCAAAAAAUGA